CGCGGACCAUCAGAAAAUUUAUUUUAUUUUCUUUUUUAAAUAAUUUUCUUAAAAUGAAAAAAGACGGAACUCAAAUCCAACAUUUAAAUGCCCCAUAAUAUUGAACCUCGCGCCCGAAAAGGAACAUUAAAAGAAGACAGAUUUUAGAGAGAGAAUCCUUCAUAGAGAGAGAAAGAGAGCGCUUAAGAAAGCUGAAACGGAAAACGCAAAACAGGCGGCGAUUCAUUGAUAGGGAAGUUGGACAACCCCACUAAACGACGAUUUCUUUGACGUAACUGAUCUUUUUGUUGUCAGGAACAUAAUUUGGGAAUCCAGAAAGAUGUCUCCAUCAAAAUCAAAGCUUAAGUCGAAGGAUAAGGCCUCUGCAAAGGUGACCAAGGAACAACAGAAGGUAUCUACCAAGCCUGCCGGAUCUACCAAUAUGGUAAGUGGUAGUCCAGCAAGUGCUUACAAUCCAAUCUCUGGGACAUUUCAUACCUUAGACAUGCAAUCAGUUGCCUCUUCCCCGCCUUUCCAUGACAAUGGUCGAUUUAGAAAUAUAGAUGACACAGAUGAGCAUUCCAGUAGCCCACAUGGAACUGUAUCUGAAUAUGAUUCUGUUUCAAACAAUGGGAGUUGCUCUGGCGAGUCUGAAGAUCCUAAGGAGAAAAUAACCAAUUCUGCCCGGCAUGAAUCUGUACCUGGUUUAGACAAUGAUAGGCGAGAGAAGAUCCGACUGAAGAAUGAGAAGAAGCACCAGAGGCAAAGGGAGAGGCGGGCUCAAGAGUUGCAUGAGCGUUGCACUGGCUAUUUGAUGUCAAGAAAACUGGAAGCCCUUUCACAGCAGCUUGUGGCAAUGGGGUUUUCUCAUGAGCAGGCAACCUUGGCCCUUGUGUUGAAUGAGGGCAGGGUGGAAGAAUCUGUGAACUGGCUUUUUGAGGGAAGUGAGGAAGAUACUCGUAGCAAGGAUGCUAAACUUGGAAGCUCUGGGAAUUUGAAGAUUGAUAUAAGUGAGGAGCUUGCUCAAAUUGCAGCAAUGGAGGUGAGGUACAAAUGCUCAAAGCAGGAGGUUGAAAGAGCAGUUGUUACAUGUGAAGGUGAUCUUGUGAAGGCGGAAGAGAUCUUGCAAGCACAAAAGCUGGAACAACCUGCCACGGCACUAGCUACAGAAGAGGUUACUGAUGCCAAUAAUAUAAAGAUAACACCAGAAAAGCCCAUUUCCUCGGCUUCUGUUGCUAUACAACAGAGAAGAGGGGAACGGGACUAUAACUGUGUCAAAACCUCAAUAGCAGUGCCAAUGUAUUCAGAACCUGGGAGUAGAAACUUACAGUCCUUGAACCAGCCUAAGUCACUGGCUGAGAAGAGGUGGGCAACAACAGGAUCAAGUCCAUCAUUUUCAUUAGCUAUGGCUUCUCCUGUGCAAACGACAUCUCCGUCGGCAAAAUUGGAGGUCAGGCUUGCUGUUCCUGGAAAUGAAGGGAAAAAUCGUCCACAUACAUUGAGGGAACCAGUGGUUAUGAUGCAACGUCCCCAAUCUAUAAAUGCCAAGCAAAAUCUAGUGUCUAGUGCAAGUGCCUCACCUUCUGUAACAGCUGGAUGGUAUUCAAGUAAUGUGUCAAGUGUUGAAAAUGCAAGGUCAUUACUUCCUAAUCAGAGUGGUGGAAGUCAUAAUUUGGUGAAUCAGAGUUCAGAGCAAUUCUACCAUCCUGCUUCAUAUAAAGAAAGCCCGUUCCUGUUUAAUGGUUCAGCCGAUUCCACAUCGGCAGGGUUGGGAGGUUCAUGGAGCAUGAUGGGCAAAUGUCCUUCGCUUGCAGUUCCAUAUGAACCCCAGGGUUCAUAUGGUACAACGAAUGCAUCUUCCCCAUCACUUGCAGCUCCAUCAUCACUUGGUCUAUUUUCUGGUUGGGGCUCAGCAGGAACUUUAGGUCCAUCACAUGUGGAUUGGAAUACAGGUGGUUUGAUGCCAGAGUUUGACUACACCAGUAUAGAUUGGACUUUGGAUUCAAAUCUGUCAUCUUCCAAGCCGAAUGGGCUGUGGUUGGGGCUUUCUUCAUUAUUGAGGAACACAACUGGCACGAGGAGUGGUAUGAACGGUUCCUGCAUAUCAGGGUUAAGGGAUGGUGGGGCAACUAAAGAAACGGCACCUUCUGCUGGUUUGCAUGAGUGGACGUCACCUUUUGCUGGGAAGGACAUAUUUAGUCUGCCUAGGCAAUUUGUUACUUCUCCAUCUCCUUAGGACUGGGUUCGGAAUUGGAGAAGAAAUGGUGGCAAUGUGGCUGGUUUAGUGGGUGUUUGGAUGCAUGUUCAUGGUUGUUUUCUGGCUUUUUCAUUAGUAAAUGCAUCUUAAUAUUUUCUGC